AGUUUUCAUUUUGCAAUUAUCAAACGUGUUGUAUUGUGAAACAUCGGACAUCGUAAUUCUAUAGGAGACGGAACACAUCCGGUGGUGAAAACGCGCGUUAGUUCUCUAUUUUCAAGCACGAAUCUUGAGAACGAUUCUCGAGCAUCAUUGCGAAAAGUAGGCAUAGAUGUAGAAGAAAUUUUUUUUAGAGCGUUUUGCUUUGUGUGUGAUCAACACAGAUGAUUAUGCUAACAUGGUACUUUGACUUAGAUUUUUUGUUUUUUUUUAGUUUGGCAAUAAUACUUUUAUCCCCAUAUUAGAACUAUCAUGACUGAAGCACUUGAAACAAAUUUAAGGUUAUGAGCAAAAGUAAACAAAUUGUCCCCCAAAACCAAAUCUAAUUUUGAUUUUUUUUUGCUGAAAUUGUUAGAUUUUGAGCUGUUUAUAUGUUUAUAUUAGCAAAAGAAUGUUGAUGCUGUUCUGAUUGAGACUAGACAGGGUCAUGGAAGGGUUAGUCAUUCGCUUAUCGCGUAUCGCAGAUUGGAAUGUUGAUGUUAGUAUUUUAUCGUCACCGGUACCGGGGCGCACAUACAUGCAGCGUGUGUACCGCGCGCGGUCCUGUUUUGUUCAUUUCGGUGCCAUUCUUCGGGCGCGACAGCACGGGUUUGCGCCUUUCCGAACCGUCUCGCGACAUUUUAUACGCUGAUGGUAGCAAAAUAUCUGCGCGCGCGGCUGUUAGGCAAGAGAAGAUUUUUUUUUUCUGUUGUAAUUCCGCCCGGUGUAGUCAUUCGUUAUGGAGCGUGAAACGUUGGAAGGGCUGGUGAAAUACUCACAAACUUCCUGCUAUCUUUGCAGCGAAUGGUUGGAUGAUAGUGUUGUCGAGGAACAUCUACUCAGCUGCAGUCAGCAAACAAUCGUUUGUCCGAACCGUUGCGGUGUGUUAGUGGCACGGAAAUAUUUGCACCUACAUCUGAAUACCUGUCGCGCGAGUUACGGUGGAACGGACAAAAUGGACGAUAACAAGGGAUUCUUUGCCGUACCGGAAGAGAAUGACGGUCCGCUCGGACCCAUGGACAUCAUCGCCUACGUUGAGAACAAUAUCCGAAGUUUGCGGAUGGCCAUAGCGGAUGCAAACCUCAAGUUCUACCGGCUAUUCGAACAGCAGGACGAGCUGAUACGGUGCUGCAACUCCACAAACCAAAUGGGGUCGAAAAUAUAUGACAUGAUUCUUACCAGCCAAACACGCCAGUUGAUAGAAAAAAAACAACUCAAGGAUGAGGUGGCUGCAAUGCAGGAUCAGAUCCAGAUUUUACAGAAGCGCUUUAGCGACGGCGAGGCCAAGAAGGCAAACGAAUCGGCCAAUAAUGCAACAUUGGAGAUAUCUGAGCUAAAAACCCGGAUUCAAUAUCUGGAAGACCAGAACGAUACGUAUCGUCGUCAGCUGGAUUGUUGCGCACAACGGUUCAGUUCGCUGCAGAACCAAAUUGUGGAGCUAAAUGUUCGCCACCCUAUGCCAUCCAAUGGGCACACAAUCUGGCGCAUUUUUAACUUCGCCAAGGCGUUCGCCGAUUCGAAGGAGUCGAACGUCAUCCUGAAGGGACCGGUAUUCACCAACGCACCGUACGGGUAUAAGCUGCAGCUGACAGCCAACCUGAACGGGCAUGGAUACUUUCGUGGGAAUAGCAUCACGAUUCACUUGGUGGUCUAUUCGGGACCGUAUGACAAUCUGCUAAAGUGGCCAUGUCGUAUAAAUGCCAAAGUAACGUUGAUCGGUCAGUGCGGCCCAUCACGCACCCGUGAAGUUGAGUUGACGAAAUCGCAACACUCGAACAAAGCCGAGCGAUUCGUGGCGAUCCCGCAUAAGGUGGUCCUCUCCCCCACCCAUCUCCAGAACGACACCAUCUUUGUGGAGGUUAAGGCUACGGACGAGACUAAUCGUGGCUAGGACGCGUAUCUGUUUUUAGUAUUUUAUAUAACAAACCAUCCACAAUCAGAAGGCGUGAUGGUGUGGGUAUUACAUCUCAACACUACUGGGCGCACAAAAUUACUAUCCUACAUUAGCUAACUUCUGCGUCCUCAAAAAUGCUCUCACGAAAUACCUGACCAAAACCCCUUCUGUGUGUGAUGUUACUAUUAUACAUUCAGUUUUUGAUUUUUUUGUUUCACACGUAACGCAACGCAGCCGUUGUGUUGUUAUCUUAUCAGUAUAGGGUUUAGCCUACGAAGAUUACAAACAUAUCUUCAACGUACAAACACAUACACACUCUACCAGUGAGUAAUAUAGAGAAUGUCAAAAUGA